AUGCUGGCCAACAUGGAAACUGAGACAGAAGAUGAAUCUGAGUCAGAAAAAGAAGACAAAGAUUCUCUCAUCACAAGAAAUCCCAGAAAGGUCCUUAACUUCCCUGAAGUCCCAGCGCUUGAUGUCUCAUUCUCUGUAAAAAGCAUCAUCUCUAAGAUUGAGCAAGCACAGCUCCACCGAGCCAGAGAGGAUAUUGAUAUGCAGUUGAAGGAGAUCAUGGAAAAUGUGAAUAAUAUAAUAAUUCGCUAUGCUGUUGAUCUUAAUAUGUCUACGGGAAGGAGGAGCUCCCUUACAGAGUUUAAGAAAAGAAAGAGAACGUAUUUUUUAGACAAAAUGGCUACUUAUGCAAGGAAUGCUGAAGUUAGAGAAAAGACUCUUGCCCACAUUCUGUCCUGGCUAGAAGAAUGGAAUGCCAUUUUGUCAGAGAUGACAGUAAUUGAUGCUGAUGAAUACCACCGCUGGAUGGUGCAAAUGGAGAUGUUACCAGAGACAUUAAAAGCUAUUGAAAACAAUGUCAAGAUCCUGAGCAGAUUUACUUUAGCUCUCCUUGAAGAAAAGAAGAAACGAAAGAAGAAAACAGUAUCUAGAGUUACUUUAUGGAAAACUUGGAAAGAAAGAGUUACAAAGCGACCUGGGACAGCCCAUGCUUUAAGGGCAGAUCAGCUGAUUAGUGACCAAUAUGCAACAAAUACAAAAGUUUCAGAAAUCCAAGAUAUGCUACAAGAACUCAUAGACACUGCAAUGUUCAAUAAAUUGGAAAAUAGUGCUAUUAAAUAUAUAUCAUCAACAAUACUGAACCUUUCCAAAGCUUUGAGUAUGGUAAAUGAUGAAUUAAAGGCUAUUAACAUACCAACUUACAAGAUACAUGUAGGUGACUCAAGUGAUAAAGAAAAAGAGCUCACCAUGAAGAUAAUAGAAGAUCUCACUGGAGAAAAUGAAACGCUUCAGCAAAAACUUCAAGUAGUAGAAGAAAAGUGCGAACAACUUCUUCGAAUAAAAGCUGCUACAGAACCACCUAUAUAUACAUCACUAACCUGGAAAAUGUUACCUGGAUCUUCUCCACAGGCAUCCAAUGCCUUUAUGAAAGGUAGUGACAUAGAUGAUGAGAUGGAACGUAUUUUAGCCAAAGAAUUUGGAAAUGCUACAGAUGAAGUCCCCCCAAAAGGGACCAAAGGCCCUGGGAAAAAGUGGGGCCCACCUAUUUUACAAACAUCUCAAUCUGAAACGAGUCUCGAUUUACCAGAACAGCAACAAAAUUUACCCGAGAAAAAAAAGAAAAAGGCUCCUGAAGAUAGUUCUGAAGAUAUCAUUAAAGAUAACAUACCACUGAAGAAAGGUGAUGUCUUUCAGACAGAUGGGACUGACAAGUAUCAAUCACAGAAUAGGAAGUAUGCAAGAGACUUACAUAUCUUUGAGACCUCUAGAUCAAAUCUGAGCAAUAAUAAAAGUGAACAGAAAGUUUCAGAGGCCAUACCUAAUCAAUUCUCUGAGACACAAACACUGGAAAGGAAAUCCAUUUCCGAAGCCAAAUCAAAGUCAGUCCCUGAAUCACAAAGCCAACAUUUCCUUUCUACUGAAACAAAGAAUCAAGGUGACAAAAGUAGGAACAUUACUACAAGGGAGAAAAUUGAGAAAGUCAAACAGGAAUAUUCACUUCUCAAAAGCCCAAUUUCAUCAGAGAGUAAAGCGCAGCCCACCACUGAGUCAACAAAAGAGGGUAAAAGUGAGGUAAGUGGCCAAGUGGAGCCACACGGUAUGACUCAAUCUGACUCUGAGCCACAAAAAGGAAAAAGCUACCACAUCCCUUCAGGAACUACCAUAAGCAAAGAAGAAAAGACCAAAGAGAAGAGAUCACACUUAAAAGAAUCCACCAGAGUUCUAGAAACCCAAGAUGACAAAAGUGAGCACAGUAAGGUAGAAGAAUUUCAGAAAGCCAUAAUGACUUACCUAAAAGAGAAAAUUGAAAACCUAGGAAAGCCUUUUGACCAAAAGACUAUGCUGAAGGAAGAGGCGUUAUUAAAAAGAGCAGAAGCUGAAAAAUUGGAAACCAUAAAGGCAAAAAUGGAGGAAUAUUUCCAAACGGUGGGUGAAACUGUGACUAAAUUCUUGAGGAAAUACAACGAUCUUAAAAAGGAAGCAAAUGUUGGAAAGAAACCUAUGGAACAAAAAAAGACAGUCUCAUUCAUGGCAGGAUCACAUUUUCAGAAGUCACCAAUUAAUGCAAAAUCUGAAAGUAGUAAAUUCCUCUCACCUGAGAGCGCAGAUCCAGUAAUUAACAAAUUAAUACAAACGAUUGUGGCUGAAAUAGAAAGUAAAGGAGCUACUUCAGCAGUCCCUCUAGUAGAGAAAGACCACAAGAAGAAGGAAAAACAAAGGCAGGAGCAAUAUUUGCAAGUGGGUCAAGAAAAAAGUUCUGGCGUAAGUCUCAAACAGCAGCUUUUAGAAGAAAUAAAUCUCUCAAGCAAGAAUUAUGAGAAGAUACAUAAUGUGGAGGGUGAAAAGUCACGGCGCCAAAUGAAGGGUGGAAAGCAAAGACAACAGAAGCAGGAAAAAGUAGGGAAGAAAGACCAAAGACAGAACAUUCAAAAGGAGAUUGAGCAAGAGGAGAAACAAAAGCAAAGGGGAGAAGAGGAAGAAGAGCACCAGAAGCUAAGACAGGAGUACAUAGAAGCACGGGAGCAAAAAAUGAAAGAGCAAGGGAUGCUCUUGGAAAAGGAGAAGGGAGAGAUGAGUCACUUUCAGAAGGAAGUAGGACAUAUGGAGCUGAAAAUGAGUUGGGAGAAAGAGCAGGAGAAGCAGAAGACAAUGACAGUGAUAGAGGACCUGGAAAGGCAGAGGCAGAAUGAAGAAAUGGAUCACGUGAAGACUGAGGAGGAAACACCUGAAGAACUAUUUAAAAAAAUCAGUCAACCUCCAGGGACAAUGUCUUCCACAUGGAAGAGAUUGGAAGAUGAACCCAAGUUAUAUGAAGAAAAAGAUGUCGAUAGGAAUCUGAGAACUACAGAGAUUCUACAUGAUGGAAAAUACUCCACACCAGUAACUUCUUCCGCUUCCCAACAAAUGUCUACACCUGAGGCUCUUCCUAUUUCAGGACAGCAUCCGACACAGUUCAUCACUCUCACCCCUCAGCAGGCCCAGGACCUGGGGAUCACUCUCACCCCUUCACAGGCUGAGGCUAAGGGGAUCACUCUCACCGCUCAGCAGGCCCAGGCUCUGAGCAUCACUCUCACCCCUCGGCUGGCCCCGACUCAGAGGAUCCCUCUCAUCCCUCAGCAGGCCCAGGCUCAGGGGAUCCCUCUCACCCCUCAGCAGGACCAGGAUCAGGGCAUCACUCUCACCCCUCAGCAGGCCCAGGACCUGGGGAUCACUCUUACUCCUCAGCAGGCCCAGGCUCAGGGCAUCACUCUCACCCCUCAGCAGUCUCUGGCUCAGGGCAUCACUCUCACCCCUCAGCAGGCCCAGGACGUGGGGAUCACUCUCACUCCUCAGCAGGACCAGGAUCAGGGCAUCACUCUCACCCCUCAGCAGGCCGAGGCUAAGGGGAUCACUCUCACCCCUCAGCAGGCCCAGGCUCCGAGCAUCACUCUCACCCCUCGGCGGGCCCCGACUCAGGGCAUCACUCUCACCCCUCAGCAGGCCCAGGCUCAGGGCAUCACUCUCACCCCUCAGCAGGCCCAGGCUCAGGGCAUCNNUCUCACCCCUCAGCAGUCUCUGGCUCAGGGCAUCACUCUCACCCCUCAGCAGUCUCUGGCUCAGGGGAUCCCUCUCACCCCUCAGCAGUCUCUGGCUCAGGGGAUCCCUCUCACCCCUCAGCAGGCCCAGGCUCAGGGCAUCACUCUCACCCCUCAGCAGGCCCAGGCUCAGGGCAUCACUAUCACCCCUCAUAAGGCUCAGGCUCAGGGGAUCACUGUCACACCUCAGCAGGCCCAGCCUCCAGGCAUCACUCUCACUCCUCAGCAGGCCGAGGACAGGGGGAUCACUCUCACCCCUCAGGAGGCCCAGGACCUGGGGCUCACUCUCACCCCACAGCAGGCUCAGGCUCAGGGGAUCCCUCUCACCCCUCAGCAGGUUCAAACUGAGGGAGUCCCUCUAACCACACAGCAGGCCCAGGACCUGGGGAUCCCUCUCACCCCUCAGCAGGCCCAGGCUCAGGGGAUCCCUCUCACCCCUCAGCAGGCCAAGGCUCAGGGCAUCACUCUCACCCCUCAGCAGGCCAAGGCUCAGGGCAUCACUCUCACCCCUCAGCAGGCUGAGGCUCAGGGCAUCACUCUCACCCCUCACAAGGCCCAAGCUCAGAGGAUCACUAUUACCCCUCAGGAGGGCCAGGACCUGGGGAUCACUCUCACCCCUCAAGAGGUUGAGGACCUGGAGAUUGGUCUUACUCCUCAACAGGCCCAGGCUCAGGUGAUAACUAUCACUUCUCAAGAGGCCGAGGAUCUGGGGAUCACUCUUACCCCUCAGCAGGCCCAGACUCAGGGCAUCACUCUUUCGCCUCAGCUGGCCCAGGCUCAGGGGAUCAUACUUACCCCUCAACAGGAUCACGGUCCAAAGAUCACUCUCAGCCCUCACCAGGCCCAGGCUCAGGGGAUCACUCUCACCCCUCAGAGGGCCCAGGAACAGGAGAUUACUCUCACCCCUCAGCAGGCCCAAGACCUGGGGAUCCCUCUCACCCCUCAGCAGGCCCAGGACCUGGGGAUCCCUCUCACCCCUCAGCAGGCCCAGGCUCAGGGGAUCCCUCUCAUCCCUCAGGAGGCCCAGGCUCAGAGGAUUCCUCUCACCCCUCAUCAGGCUCAGGCUCAGGGGAUCACUGUCACCCCUCAGCAGGCCCAGGACUUAGGGAUCACUCUCACCCCUCAGCUGGCCCAGGACUUGGGGAUCACUCUUACCCCUCAGCAGGCCCAGGCUCAGUGGAUCACUGUCACCCUUCAGCAGGCUGAGGACCUGGGUCUCACCCCCCAGCUGUCUCAAACUCAGAGUAUCCCACUUACUCUGGAGCAGGCUCAGGUAUUGGGGUUUCCUCUUACCUUAGAAGAAGCCCAUACCCUGGAAAUCCCUUUUACCCUUGAGAAAGUCCAACCUUUUAGCCACACCACAUCAGAUCCUUCUGCUUUUAGACCAUUUCAGGAAUUGAUGCCUUCUCUCCUUACUGGGCAAUCCAUUAAAUCAAGAUUGUUUCCACGCCCUAGGCAGUUCCUGGGAUCAAGUGCUUCUAUUGCUGAGAAGUCCUCUACACCUGAGGUAUCUUCUACUCCUUUGCAGAUAGUAAGGCCUCCUCUCACUCAAUGUCCCUUUACCCCUAGGAAGCCCGUAGAAAUGGAGAGUCUUUCUGACCCUCAGAAACUCCUGGAAUCACAGACCCCAACUUCUAAAUCUAGACAGACCCUCAUAUAUAGAGGUCGAUCCACUCCUGAGCAGUUCCUGGCACCAGAGGUCCCCCCUACCUAUGGGCAGCUCCCAAUAUCUGGGGCCCCUUCCACUCCAGGGCAGCCUCUUAUAUCUGCAGUCCCCCGCACUGUUGGACAGAUUCCCAGUCUCUGGACUUCUCUCUCUCCUAGGCAGCCCUUGGUUCCUAAGACCUCUUCCAUCCCUGAACAGCCCCUGGAAUCAGAACCCUUAAUCUCUGAGCGGCCCCAGGCAUUCCAACCUCCUGUCACCCCUGAGCAAUCUCCCUAUCUCCAGACCUCUUCUACUCUUGGGCAACAUCAGACACCAUGGACCCGUCCAGGGCAAGGUUCCCCAUUGUGGAUGUCUUCCAUUUCUAGGCAUUCCCCUAGAACUCUGGUCCCCCCAACUCCUGGAAAACCCCAGAAAGGUUUGUCCUCUUCUGUUCCUACAAAAAGACUGACAGUUAUUUCUUCUUUGAAAUCUAAAUCAUCAUUGAUCUAUCCCAGUGCUCCAGAUUUCAAGGUAACUCAAGCUCCUUUUGCCACUAAGAAAGUCCAAAUAUUAGAAGACUCUGACACUUAUGAAGAAACCCAAAUACCCCAUGAUACUUUUGCCAUAGAACCAUGGAGAACAUUUCAGUCCUAUCUCACUAAUUAUAGGACACCUGAAGCACAAACCCCUUACAUUGAUAAGGGAAUUGCUCCCACUCUCAUGAAGCCUAUAAAAUCACUACCUUCUCUUACUAGUCAACUACUCAAAACAUCACAGAUCUCAACUUUGGAACGGGCCCAGAAAUCCCGAUUCCCCUCUGUAGACAAGACCCGGCUACUGACUUCAGAUACAAAGAAACCAGAGAUAAUGGUGCCCCCUUCUUCUCCCCAAGAGAUUGAAGAGAAAAGGUAUUUUAUUGAUGUGGAGGCUCAGAGGAAGAACCUGAUACUAUUAAAUCAGGCCACAAAAACUUUUAGACUCCCUUCACAGCUAUACACAACAGCUAAGAGCCUCGUAAUUGAGACACUUCAUAUGGACGCAGUUCGACUUGGAUACUUAUUCCGCAAGUACAUUGCCUAUAGGCUGAUCCAGAGUGCCAGAAACAACAUAACCAAACAAUUAAAAGCCAUCCAAAACACUGGAAAAGGGUAUGAGACCCAAAACCUCUACACAAUGCUGAGCAGAAUUGAUGACUACCGGAAAAAGGUGAUGUCGAUGUGGACUGAGAAGCAGAUGGCUCUAGAGCAGAAACGGAAUCUGUACCUGAGGGAAAUGAUACACAUAUUUGGCCAGAUCCAAGAGACAUAUGGACUGAAUCUUAGGCAACCUAUCGCCUUGAUCGACAAAAAGCAUAUACCUAUGUCUACUCCGUAUGUUCAACAGCCAUUCCUACAGUUACUGAAAGAAGAGGACAGAAAACCUGACAUAUUCAAGAAAUUUAGGCAGCAAGAGGAGCAGAUGGAGGCCAUCUGGAAUGUUGAUCUGUCCAUUUCAAGCUACCCAAUAGCAGAGAAGACAUCAAUGCAUUCGCUCUGGGCCCAGCUGGGUGGAUAUCCAGAUAUUCCUAGGCUGCUUCAGUUAGAUAUUCAGUCUACCUUCAGAAAAUCUCUUGCAUCCAUUCAAUCACAGUAA